UAAUGAAACAGCAGGGAGCAGAUCUCGAACCCUCGACCUUCGACUGUGCGGCAGAAUCGAUUUCCGCGCUUAUAAACCCAGGGUCGUGUUGAUAAAAGGAUAUUAGAAGGGUGAGCCGGUUAAGGAUCGAUUCAGACCAGGUGUUAAAAUUGUACGACAAGCGACAGUUUAUUUCAGAGGGAGAAUAUCUGGUACACGUAAAUACGGCUCUUCCGUUAGUUCGUGUUGGAACAGCAGGCAGAGCGCGUAAACAGUCAGCACAGCCCUUAUAUACGUCACAGAAAGUAGGUUGACCCUAGGAAGAUCGGAUCUCCGGAUUGGUUCAGCUGGUUGUAGUCUGUAGUCUUCCGCCAUUGGCUCAGUUGUCUGUCCGUCACUCUAGAAUCCCGCCGUCACACAAUGUUCAGCUAAAGGGGAAUCUGGUGUGUGUGCGAGAGUUAUCCUGUAGGGGGCCCCACAUCCUUUACUGUGAGUAUAUGUUGCUAUGUGUUGUCUCAGUUAUAACAAUGCAAUAGCAGUAUGCUGGUCACUUACAUAAGAAAUAGCACUUCCUAACAGUCGUCACACUAUUGACGAUUUGUGUUGCAACAAGCAAGUUUCCUGAACUUCUAUUUGCAGAUUUUUUUCGGGAUAAUAAGAGAUUUCUUUCGGGAUAAUACGAGUUCCCAGUUGUCUUGAAAGCAUCAUACAUCCAGAGAAGGACAGACUUGACGAAGUUUGAUGACAAAAUUUGCCCACAAGAAAGACCUCCACUCCAUCUUCCUGUUCAAACAGACAGUAAGACAGACGGUAUGUCACGGCGCGUGUGUGUGAUUGGAGGGGGAAGUUCAGGUCUGACCAGCAUCAAGAGCUGUCUGGACGAGGGUCUGGAGCCCACCUGCUUCGAGAGCAGUGAUGACAUCGGGGGACUGUGGAGGUUCAAGGAGAACCCAGAGGCUGACAGGGCCAGUAUCUACCACUCUGUCAUCAUCAACACCUCCAAGGAGAUGAUGUGUUUCUCUGAUUUUCCCAUCCCAGCCCACUUCCCCAACUACAUGCACAACUCCCUCAUCAUGGACUACUUCCGCAUGUAUGCCGAACACUUCCAACUCACCAAGCACAUACGCUUCCAGAUCAGAGUCCUCCAGGUGAAGCCAAGACCCGACUUCUCUCGUUCGGGCCAGUGGGAUGUGGAGACAGAGAACAAGAAGGGAGAGAAGGAGAAACAUAUCUUUGAUGCUGUGAUGAUCUGUAUAGGACACCACUGUCACCCCAACCUGCCUCUACACGAUUUCCCAGGUAUCGACAAAUUCAAGGGCCAGUACUUCCACAGUCGGGACUAUAAGACGGCAGAAGAGUGGCGGGGGAAGAGGGUGGUGGUGAUCGGCAUCGGCAACUCUGGAGGAGAUAUCGCUGUGGAACUCAGCAGGGUCACCAAACAGGUAUUCCUCAGUACCAGGCGUGGGGCAUGGAUCCUCCACCGUGUGGGUCAACAAGGGGUGCCCAUAGACUUUCAAAUGAACAGAAGGGUGUUAAAGAUGGCCAAGUCUGUACUGCCCUUUGGCCUGGUCUGCAGACUGGGAGAGAACAAAAUCAACCAGAGAUUCAACCACAGCCUCUACUCUCUACAGCCCAAACACAGGCUGUUCAGCCAGCACCCUACAGUGAAUGAUGAGCUGCCCAACCGGAUCCUGUCUGGCACAGUGCAGGUCAAACCCAACAUCCGCAGGCUCCAGGGGUCCAGCAUUGAGUUUGACGACGGAACCGUGGAGGACAACAUAGACUUGGUGGUGUUUGCCACUGGCUACAACUUCUCCUUCCCCUUCCUACCGUCCAAUAUGCUGCCGGUUUCCGGGAACAAGGCCAAUCUGUAUAAGUACAUGUUCCCUCCGGGGUUAGAGCGUCCCACACUGGUCGUUAUAGGGCUGGUGCAGCCGCUUGGAGCCAUCAUGCCCAUCUCUGAAAUGCAGGCCCGAUGGGCCACCAGGGUCUUCAAAGGGCUGAAUAAGCUUCCCUCAAUGGACUGCAUGUUGAAGGACAUUAAACACAAGGAGGAGACAAUUGCCAAGAGGUAUGUGACCUCCCAGAGACACACCAUCCAGGUGGAUUACAUUGACUACAUGGACCAGAUAGCUUACCAGGUGGGGGUGCGUCCCAGCCUCCUAGGGCUGUUGCUACGAGAUCCUGGUGUGUGGCUGUGUGUGCUGCUGGGGCCAUGCACCCCGUACCAGUACCGUCUGAGAGGGCCGGGACAGUGGGACGGGGCCCGACAGGCCAUCCUGACUACAUGGGAUCGGAUGGCAGGAGCCCUGAAGACCAGGCCCUCGGACAUCCCUGAGCCCAAGCAGAGUUCCUUACCCCUGACCCUAACCGUGGGGGCUGCUGCCCUGGCUCUGGGGUACUACUGGAACAUACACAACCACCCAUCCCUCCUCAUCGCCCUGGACCCCACCACCUGGCAGGACAAGAUCAAACCAUACCUGCCAGUGUUGUGGUAACCCACCAGGGAUCAAACCCAGGCUGUGACUGGGUGGCGAACACAGUCAUGUUAGCCCACUAUGCUAAAGCCUAGCCCUCAGCCAUUCCACCUAUUUAUUCAAUUCCAGUACAAGUACACAACCAGCUGUACUAGUGGUGGUAUAGAACAAAUAUGUUUAAGGACUGAGGGUCCCAGAGUACUAGGUAUUGUAACACUGGUUUGGUUGACUAAUGCCCAUUAGCCCACUGAGCUAAAGCCAAGGAGGUCACCUCCGUUACACCAGGACAGUGACCUGAAACAAACUCAUAAUCCAGAUGAGCUAUUAACCAGAAAUACAGAGAUGCAAUAGCAGGCAGCUACUGUCUGUUAAUUAAUAUGCCAGGUCAUCUUUGUGAAAGAUGAGAGCUCUACCAACUAAUCAGGGACCACAAAUGAUGUUAAUAUGAAUCUCUCAUAACCAAUAAUUCACAAAAUGUAUGCACAGAAUUGGAAAUAAUGCAUAGUGCAAUAUUAGUGUAUUAUCCACAGCCUGUUCUCAUAAUUGUUGGGAUUCAAUUUUACUUGAUGCCACAGUGCCUUAGACUGAUCAGAUAUAUUAUAAUAUCAUUUAUUUUGUUCUAUAACCUUAUUUUCGAAAUAGCAAAAUGAUUUUAGGAGAGUGUAGUGUAAUACAUUUUUGCCUUCAUGUUUGGAUUGGCUUUGAGUGUUACAAGUCUGUCAUUCACUAAUCUAGUCAAAUGUAUGCACACACUAACCUCUACCUUCUCCCUCCUUACGAUGUACUGGUGACCAUGAUAAAUGUCACCACUAAGUGCCUACUCCAGGAACAUCCUUAUAAACCACUAAAGUGUGGCCCAGAGACAACCCCCCCUAGCCUCUAUGCAUUUGUAUGUGAAUGGAAAUAUGGCAUUUUUGCCAUCCUUGUCUGUCAUCCCUUUCAGAUCUAUACAGGUGCCUAGGGUGGUAGGAGACAGGAGGUAGUUGCUAGGCAUAGUGUCUGGAUGUUUAAAGAGCCACUGAGAACACGUCGAUUGGCACGUGUUCUUCUGAUGCUCAUGAUAAAAUGUUGAUUUCUGGAUCGAUUGGGCGUUUGGUUAAUUAUGUUUGUCCCCCAUGAGACACUGUAGAUGCGGAAGCCUGUUUCACUUCCUCAAAAUCCCCAGAAUAAAUAACUCAAGAAAUCUGUAA